AUGCAUUGUAGUAGAAGACAACAAAACAAUAGUUGCAAUACUAAUGUGGCAUCAACGGAAGAUAGGCUGCCAGAUGAAGUUAUUGUAUCAACGGAAGAUAGGCUUAGCCAAUUGCCGGAUGAAGUUAUUGUAUCAAUUCUGUCUCAAUUAACAAUUAGAGAAGCAGUUCAAACAAGUUCCCUUUCAACUCAAUGGCAAUACCUCUGGAUGCAUGCGACACGUCUCAACUUUGACGUUUCAAAGUUUAUUACAUGGGAGACAUCUUUUAAUCCAAGGUUAUGCAAAAAAGAAGGGUUGAGGCAUAUCAAUUUGUUUAAUAAUGUUGUGCGCUUACACAAGAGUGAUGUUUUAGAAGAAUUCAAUCUCUCUUUUCCUUUUCAUAGGCGUUUUAAGUGUGAAAUCGAUAGAUGGCUCAUGUUUGUAUCAUCAAAAAAGAAGGUUGAAAGCCUUCGACUAGACUUGUCACUUAGUAUAUACGAGAAUAAGCGAUAUAUCUUUCCGUUUAAGCUCAUCUCAAGUAGUUUGUCCCCAUUCUUUGGUCUCAAAGUUCUGGCUUUAAAUAGAGUCCAUGUUGACAAUCGGGUGGUUAACUUUUUUAUCUCCCGUUGUCCCCUUCUUGAGAAACUAUCUAUUUUUUGUUCCGGCCUGUUAACUCAUCUGGAAAUUGUUGGACCAUCAUGCCUCAAGUUGAAGGAUUUGGAGAUAAGUUAUUGCAAUAAUUUAGAUAUAUUCAAGAUUCACAAUGUCAAUCUUGUCUCUUUUAAAUACAUAGGACGGAAACCAAACUUGCAUCUCCAGAAUGUUAAGUCAAUUGUUAGUGCUGAUUUUUAUAUGGUUGAUGGUUUGGUACAUGAACUUAUUCCUAAGCUUACAACCCAUUUCACUCAACUGGUGACGCUUUCACUUGCAUUUAGUAUUUUGAGAACGGAUCUUAUCCCUUAUGAUUAUUCUUUCCCAAUGUUCAAUAAUCUCAAAGUGCUUGCCUUGAAAAUCAAAGACAUGAUAGAUGUUUCCCUACUUGGUGUUACUCCACUAAUAGAAGCAUCUCCAUAUUUGCAAAAGUUGGAUAUCCAGCUUGAAUGGUAUAAAACGACGAUAUGUAAAGAUGAAAUUGAAAGGAAAAAGUAUCCUCAUCAACAUCUCAAAGAAGUCAAAUAUAGCGAUUACCUUGGUGGUAUUGCUGACCUGAUCCUUACAACUUACCUUAUUGAAAAUAGUGUAGCGCUGGAAACAUUCAUUAUUGAUCCUUUGAAAUGCGAUGAUCAAAAAGCAAGAGGUCUGGCUCGACAACAGCUGCAAGAAAUAAUUCCCAAACGAGUCAAGCUAGUUAUCCUUUAG